AGUUAUAACAGCUUUCACUUCCGAUUACUUCUAUACGUAAAAAGAAGUAUCUUUUAAUUUCUUCAUCGAUCCUUCAAAUUCAAUUUUUGCCCACAAAUGCGCUAAGUGAAAUUCCUUCGUAAUCCAGUGAUCAUGCUCUUCUUCUUCUUCUCUGUCUGACCCGAAAGCUUCCUCUUUGUUUCCGCAGGUCUACCUUACCGUCUCCGUCAAUGUCAACGCAAACCACCGCCGCCUCCUCGGCGGAGAGUGAAUCCCACGCUCCGCUCCUCCUCCCCCGCCAAGAACCUCCCUCUUCACCUCCCGUCCGGCCAACUUCCCUGGCGGUUCUUCUAGGCCGGGCCACUGGCCGCCGCGGCCCUUCCAUGUUAGUUAGAGAGACGGCGGCUCGUGAGCUGGAAGAGCGACGCGCUGAUUGGGGGUAUUCGAAGCCUGUUGUGGUCCUCGACAUCCUGUGGAACACGGCGUUUGUGGUGGUUUCGAUAGUGAUGUUGAUUCUGACGGUGAACGAGAGACCGAACAUGCCGGUUAGGCUUUGGAUCUGUGGGUACACGCUGCAGUGCAUUGUGCAUGUGGUUUUGGUGUGGUUGGAGUAUAGGAGAAGGAACACGACGAGAGUGAGAGUCGAUGAGAGUCAGCAAGCAACUGAAGGAGGGUAUGCUGAUAGUGAAGAAGAGGAUGUGAGUGAUAGGGGUUCCCCGAGUUCUAGCCGAUCAAACAUCACUAAACGAUGUGAAUCAGUAAACACGAUGGCUUCAUUCCUUUGGUGGAUAGUUGGCUUUUAUUGGGUAGUUUCUGGUGGCGAAGUCCUCUCGCAACGUGCUCCACACUUGUACUGGCUGGCUGUGGUUUUUCUGGCAUUUGAUGUGUUCUUUGCGAUCUUUUGUGUUGUUUUGGCAUGUUUGAUUGGGAUUGCUCUCUGUUGCUGCUUACCAUGUAUAAUAGCAAUUCUUUAUGCUGUUGCAGGGCAGGAAGGCGCAUCCGAAGCAGAUCUUAGUAUCCUCCCAAAAUACAGAUUUCAGGUGAUGGGCAAUCAGGAAAAGCCCAAUGUUGGGGCAGGGAAAAUGGUUCCCAUUGAAACAAGCAGUGCAUACUUGGCAAACGAACGCAUACUCUUACACGAGGAUGCUGAAUGCUGUAUAUGUCUCUGCCCAUACGAUGAUGGAGCAGAGCUCCAUACGCUUCCUUGUAACCAUCAUUUCCACUCAACAUGUAUAGUGAAAUGGCUGAAGAUGAAUGCUACUUGUCCUCUCUGCAAGUACAAUAUCGUCAAAGGAAAUGAACAAGUAUGAUGAAAGCCAGAAACACUAGGUUCAUCCACCUGCUCUGUGUUCAUCUUUCUGUACAGAAGAGAUCAGGGCCAAAGGAAAGAAGCUUCUCCAAGUUGUUGAAUUUCUCAAUAGAGCUGCAUUUUUCUUUUCUGGCCUAUGGAGUUGUUUCAAUUCUUCCUUUGUAUUUUAGUUGUUUGAGAACUGCUGAAAAAAAAAUAAAUUGGAGUCAUACUUCAGGCUUUCUGCUUUUGCUUGCUGAAUUGUUUUGUAGUUAUACAUUUGUUCAUAUAUUGCAUGCCUGCUGGAUAUAUACACAGUGGCAAUGUAGUGUAUUUUCCUUUCUAGGUAAAAAUAAAGGAGGAACAAAAAAAAUUGCAUAA